AUGUCACCCAACACGACUUCCAAUCACAACGGCGGAGGUGCGAGCUAUGAUCUCAGGGCCAUUUCCGACAAGGAGCCGCUGACCAUUGGGAACGAGCACGGCGCCAAAACGGAAGAUGCGGAGCAUAUGGACGUUGACGGCCACGACACCAAUAUGGCUAACGAGCACGUGUUGGUGGAGAAUAAGAACCACAUGGGCGACGACGACGGCAACGACAACACCGACUGCAUGGACAUGGACAACAGGCAAGGCGUGGACAACAACAGCGGUGACAACAACAAGAAGGAGGACCACGCCAACGACAAUGCUUCGGACGGGGAGAAGCGCAUCGCAUCACUCGAGUACCAGGCGGGGGCAUUCUCCGUGACUCAGGAUGGUACCAUGGAUGUUCUGCGCAGAAAUUCCCGACCAAAGUCAAUGGGAAGGAUGCCAAGGGCCUGUGCACUGGGCAACCGCUCUUUCCUGCGCUUCGACAGGGGCCGUGGACAUGGAAAAGGCCGUCCAUUCUCUCCUGUACUCCCGGGUCAUCACGUGGUGUGGUGGUCCCUGGAGCAAAAGGAGAAAGGUGUGAAGCGUGGUACAUCUGCAGCCUGGACGGCUGAAGAAGAUGAACGUCCUGAGGGGGUCAAGUUUGUGAACAAGUUCACGCCCAAAGAUGGCUCGGAAAUCAGCAGAUUGGGGAAGACUCCUCUGCUCAUCGUGCUCAGUCUGGCUUUGGGUCGCUAUCACAUUGCCCGCCUGGAGUUGGAGGGGUUGAUUUUAGACGACCUAUCCAUGGAUAAGAUCGAUGCUGCGGAUCUCAAGCCUCCGAAACGGCAUGCGGUGUCCUCGAACCUCCUUGAAGAUGAUGAACCUCCAUUGGACAUUCGACAAACCAGCAUCACUUCCGAUGAGUUCGUCAAGCUUACAAGGAAGUUCUUCGACUCCUACAAGCGAGCGGAUGCGAUGGCGAUUUUGAAGCGGUGCGUGGUCAUGAUCUUUGGAAAACGUGGGAUGUACUUGCGGUUGCCUAGGCUCAUCCACUGCAUCCAUGAGGGAGACUUGCACGUGGACUUAUUCACCGACCGUGACAAGGCCUACUGUGCCAAAUACAAGCAAGGCAUCCAUGAACACCCUCCCACCUUCGAAGAGGAUAUCGAAUGGGAACAGAACCCGUUUCAGCAGGGAAUGGAACAACUACAGCUUGCAUGUCGGCCCGAGACCUACCUUGGUGAAGUCAACAAUGCCAUUGCUUCGCGGGUGCAGGAGAAGCACAACUACGACGAUCCCGACGAGGAGGACCCGAAGAAGUCGGGAGCGUUCUUAGUCACUUCUAAGAGGAGGAUGCUUUGCCGAGCGGACGCCGACUCCGGGAACUCCUCCUUCGUGCGUUGGCAGGCUUUGCUGUGGCCAAGCGACGACACCUUGCUUUUCCAACCUGACGACACAGUCCGCGCCAUCAGCGUCGACAGCCACUUUGGUAUCCAUCGGCCACUCUGCAACCUGGAUCCGCCCAGAACGGUUCAGCUCAAGGGUCAUCCGCGCACGAAGAAAGUUCUGCUCGAACACGACCGAACCUGCGCGUGUCGCGCCAAGGAUUGCGUCAGGCUGGCGGCUGGUACUACCCAGCGGACCGCAGGAUGGCGGUUCGCGGCAGACCCGAGCAGCAGACGCAUACUUGGGGCAACAGAGCAUUGUCAGAACGAGAACAAUGCCGAGAAAGCCAAGCUGCUCAGAGCAGUGAUGGGGAUGGACAAGGUCGAAGCCGACUUGCUCAUCCACGAUGACGCGUGCCACCUUGAACAGUUUAUCAAAAACAAGAAGUACUCGGAGCACUUUACCAGCAUCCGAUACUUCGUCGUGGAUGUCUUCCACAGAAGCAAUCACCACUGUCACAAGCGCACGUGGGCGCCAGCCGAGGCGAAGCGUUGCCGCCACAUGCGCACCAACGUUUCCGAGUCUGUGAAUGCUUGGGUUCGGAGUCUCAACUUCUUCUUGAACAAUCUGCGUCCCCGAUCGCAUCGAAUUUUGGGUAGAGAAUGCUUCUGGCAGAGCCAGAAAGAUCUCCAUUUGUUCUAA